GGCACGCCGGCGCAAUGCGCUAUUCAGGUUCUGGGGCGGAGAGCUGUUAGUUCCGCUAUUCAGAUUCCGUCUCUAGUUAACCCCGGCUCACAUGUGGAUGCCGGACCACCGGGACACAAUAGCAAGCCAGAGCUCUUUUUGAAAGCAGCGUCUGUUUUCGUCCCUAAAGGCGAUCUGGAGUGGGGCGGAUUCAUGUGGAGGUUUUAGCCAAGAAAUGAGUUUCUCCUAAAAAGCCAGCAAUGGCACACCGGAAAAGACAACCGACAAGUAGCAUCACAGACCCAAGAGGGAGGCCUUGCCCCACAACAUCACCCUGUAAGCAGAAAGAGGAACAGCAGCAGCAAACUCAACCCGAUGACACGGAUGGCUUGCAGCAGCAGUUCCAUGAAGAGUCCUCAGACCUGAGGACCAGCCGGCCGACCACACCAGAACAGAUCGACCAAGAGUGCAUUGACCACAGCGGAGAUGGAGAUUCCAGCUCUGAUUAUGUCAAUAACACAUCUGAGGAGGAAGACUAUGAUGAGGGGCUGCCGGAAGAAGAUGAAGGAGUCACCUAUUACAUCCGGUACUGUCCUGAGGACGACAGUUACUUGGAAGGCAUGGACUGUAAUGAUGGCGAAUAUGCAAGUCAUGAGGUGCGGCCAGUGGAAACCGAUGAAUGCCAGGAGGCCGUAGAGGAGUGGACAGAAUCGGAGGAUCAGUGCCAUGACCAUGGCAGUGGUACCGAAGAGCAGAUUUACGAAGACAAUCCUGAGCAAGAUCUGGAGGACCACAUACACUCUAUGCAAACACCUCCUCCAGAGGAAGAAGUGCCAGAAGAUGGUGGCCCAGAUGGGGACUAUUAUACCUCAGAAACGAAUGGCAACUCCCUUCGAGUCUCUCCAUUUCGAGGCCAGAAGGGCGAGGGUGAGGGGGAGGAUCCGGAGGAAGACAUCGACCAGAUUGUGGCGGAAAUCAAAAUGAGCAUGAGCAUGGGCAGCAUAAGCAGCACUGCCGAGCAGAGCCCUGAGGAGCUUGGGGCCGAAACGGCGCCCGUGGACUUUAAGGAUGUGCCCCUCAAAGCAGAUCCUGCCCCGUCAUACCCACCCAGCAGCAGACAUGAAGGAAGACCAAAGUCUCUCAAUAUUCCUCCAGCGGCGAGACACAACUCUGAGGUGCCACGAAGCUUUAAGGUGCGGGCCAGAACGCCUGAGGAAAGGCAGAAGUGGGCACAGGACCAGGUGUCUAAUAACCCAGAACAACCAAGAAAACAGCAGCGAUCUGACCUUAAUGGACCGGCUGAAAACAACAACAUCCCAGAGCAAACGAAGAAGGCCGCCUCCUUCCCCAGCUUUGUGGACGUGCCAGGACCCUGUGAGCCUGAGGACCUCAUUGAUGGGAUCAUCUUUGCUGCCAAUUACUUGGGCUCCACGCAGCUGCUGUCGGAGCGCAACCCCUCAAAAAACAUCCGCAUGAUGCAGGCCCAGGAGGCUGUGAGCCGUGUCAAGCCCUCUUUCUGUUUUAAUGCUGCACAGAGGGUACAGAAGGCAGCCAAAAUCAAGAAGAAGGCGAGCUCUGAGGGUGACGCCCAAACCCUAACUGAAGUUGACCUCUUCAUUUCAACCCAAAGGAUUAAAGUUCUUAAUGCAGACACCCAGGAAACGAUGAUGGACAACGCAUUGCGCACCAUUUCCUACAUCGCAGACAUUGGGAAUAUCGUGGUCCUGAUGGCCCGCCGCCGCAUGCCCCGCACUGCCUCGCAGGACUGCAUUGAGACCACCCCAGGGGGUCAGGAAGGGAAGAAGCAGUACAAGAUGAUAUGCCACGUCUUUGAGUCGGAGGAUGCACAGCUUAUCGCUCAGUCUAUUGGGCAGGCAUUCAGCGUAGCAUACCAGGAGUUCCUGCGAGCCAAUGGGAUCAACCCGGAGGACCUGAGCCAGAAGGAAUACAGCGACAUCAUCAACACGCAGGAGAUGUACAAUGACGACCUCAUCCAUUUCUCUAACUCUGAAAACUGUAAAGAGCUGCAGCUGGAGAAGCAAAAGGGUGAGAUCCUGGGUGUGGUGAUAGUAGAGUCUGGCUGGGGCUCCAUCCUGCCCACCGUCAUCCUCGCCAACAUGAUGAAUGGUGGACCCGCUGCCCGCUCAGGAAAGCUCAGUAUUGGGGACCAGAUCAUGUCCAUUAAUGGCACAAGUUUAGUUGGGCUCCCACUGGCCACAUGUCAAGGCAUAAUUAAGGGUUUAAAGAACCAGACAGUCGUGAAGCUCAACAUCGUCAGCUGCCCUCCAGUCACGACCGUCCUCAUCAAGCGACCAGACCUGAAGUACCAGCUGGGAUUCAGUGUGCAAAACGGCAUCAUCUGCAGCCUGAUGAGAGGUGGGAUAGCAGAACGAGGAGGUGUCAGAGUCGGCCAUCGCAUCAUUGAAAUUAAUGGACAGAGCGUGGUGGCUACCGCUCAUGAAAAAAUAGUGCAGGCCUUGUCGAAUUCAGUAGGGGAGAUUCACAUGAAGACCAUGCCUGCAGCCAUGUUUCGACUUCUGACUGGACAGGAGACCCCGAUUUACAUCUAGUGAAUAUUUUUGAAAGGGGAGGCCAGUGACUUCCUGACGCCGUGGUCCUUAAGGGCAGGCCAUGAUGGAGAGGACAGCACACAGAGGGAGCGAGCAGUUUGCCUGUCAUUAGCACUUCAUGUCGGCUUUGUUUGUUCGACUUCAUUUUUGCCAAGAUGGAUAACAGUCAUCAGGUUGGCUUCCAGGCCUUCUCUAGACACUAACUCACAGUAUUUUACAACAAUAACUUUUCAGUUGAGCGUCAUUAACACUGGUGACUUGGGUAUCGUGAUUUAUUUGUGCUUUUGUGUGUCCAGUCCAAUGGAGUGGGGUGAUUGGGGUGGUCACUCUGUGGCUGUCAUUUGACUUUACACUUGCGCAGGAUUGCUGGUCCAUUAAAUGGAGGGAAUCCAGAAGACAAGACCUGAGAAGAAUGUAAACUUCAUAGGAGUGAGCGUUAAGGCCUUACCGAAAAUCUCACUUUCACAGCUUUGUGUUUUUACUUUGUCAUCAAGAAGCGAACCUCUGGAGCUUGUGGGCUGAGUUGGGUGCUGCUGGAGCGUGUGCUGCCUUUGUGAGGGUCACUUCACCAGCCUGAGGAAGGCAAAGCCAUCAUCAGACCCAGCGGGUCCCCGUCAUUCAGCUUUGGAACAACCCCUGGAGAAAGGCCCACCGGUGGGUGAGGUCGGCAGUACUGGACUGCAAAGAUGUGACGCUUCCCCAAAAAUCUGCUUAUCCCAUUUUAGAAAAGCGCCAGCUGAGGUUCAGUUUGCAAUGAGCCAAACCUGUGUGACCGACAAAGUAACAAGUGAGUGGGACUGUCCCGUUUGGGAAUCUGCUAGUCACAAGCGUCCAUCUGAGACGAUUGCCAGUGCCGGACAAUUUGAGCCAACAGGAGACACACGUACUGAUAUGUCCACCUGUCUGUUUGUCAAAAAGUGGAGGCCUAGAGGGAGCUACAGCCACCUAAUGUAGCACCUGUCCUGUCUAUCUAUCUAUCUAUCUAUCUAUCUAUCUAUCUAUCUAUCUAUCUAUCUAUCUAUCUAUCUAUCUAUCUAUCUAUCUAUCAUACAGCACCUACCUUAUCAAUCAGUCUACUUGUCUUUGUCUGUAUGUAGACACCUUCAUUUGUAACAGUGUUACUCUGCCGUGUAUUUGCAGAACAGCAGCUUUCCUUAAGAGAUAUUCAGAUAUCUAAUGUAGCACCUUCUAUAUCUAUCAAUCAUAUAGAGCCUUUCAAACCUCCACAGUAGCUCCUCACAUUUCUAUCUGUCUAUGUCCAUCUGAGCUGGUUGUAGACAUCUGCAAAAAUGUACCAACAUGUCCUCCUGUGUAUUUACCUAAAAGUAGCUUCUUAGAGAGAACUAUGGGUAUCUAACGUAGCAACUUUAUUGUCUGCCUAUCUGUUAGAUAGCACUUUUCACAUCUAUCUGCCUAUCUAUUAUAUAGCGCCUUUCAGGUCUAUCUAUCUCGUAUAGUACCUUUCAUCCAUCUGUCUAUUCGACCUGCACAGAUGAGCCCAUAUGUCUGCGUAUUUAUUUCUCUAUAAGUACAGUAGAUUCCUCUGGCUGUCUAGGAGGUGUCUUCAGUUCUAUGGCGUCUGUCUUAUCCACAAACUGCAGUCACUUAGCUGUGCUUCUGUCUGCUAAAAGCUGGUUUGGGACAACUACAAAAAUCAGCGUAAAUAACACCCAGGCUGGCCGUUCUGCUCUUGAGAACAGCUUGUUAUGAGCCGGCUGUGCUGUCUGAAAUGGAUGGAGACGCACGUCUUCCUCGCCACCUGAAACAGCGUGUUGGACACAGCUAUAGUCUUCUUAUUCUUCUUCUUCUUCUUCACUCAGAUGGUCAUGCCAGCCUCUCUGAGAAAUGUAGCUGUGUACCACUGGUCCUCCAGGCUUCCAUCCAUCUUCUGUGCCACUGGCAUCCCCUCUGUCCAGAUCAGGCACCUCAGCACAGUGGGGUCUUGCAGCAGAUGGACUGUUGUCUGGCAUGGGGGCUUCUCUGACUGACCAACGUGAAACUUGGUGUACAAAUGGUGAUGAUUGCCACUUGCUCUGUUCUUGUCAGCAGGUGCCAUGGGUUGUUUUUUGUUGUACUGUGGGUGCUGCUGCAAGCACGUGCUGUGCUGUUGAGAUGGUGGUCUUGGCUUCUUUGAUUUGUCUUUUUGUCCUUUUGUUGAUCCUUAUGUUGUGUGGUACGAUGCGGCGGAGAGGAGUCCACGGCAGGACGACUGAGCUCUGCAUGGGGGAGUGAGAGCGGUGAACGGGACGGUCCGUUCUUUAUCUCUGGCAGAUUUCAGGGCCUGCAAGACAAAGAGGACGUCAGUAAAGAAAAUGGAGGUGUCAGGGCCAUCCUUGGACUGGGCUGCCCACAGUCUGGAUGGCCAGUACCUCUGACCUUGAAGUUGGUGGAGUUUGGACUGGUAGCGAGUGAGACCCAUAAUUCUCUCUGUCCUGGUUAUUUGGCCAGCAUUGUUCUUCGUUGCCUGUUCAGCCGAGCUGUCAGCUGUAGUCACCUGUCCAUCUGAGCGGACAGAAGUGACCGACAUGUCCGUCUGGUUACCUGAGUACCUUGUCAGAGACAGCUAUAGAAGUCACCGGCUCUGUCUGCUGUUCAUCUUCACAGCUAACCGGAGGUGACCCUAACCCUGACCCUAACGCUGACCCUACAGGACACCGCUAUUUCACAGCUGCCUGUUUGUGAGGGGCAGCCACAAUAAUCCAUCUGAGUGAUGCACCUUGCUGGAGGUGUCCAUCCAUUCAUCCAUCCUCCUCAAUGUCUGCACAAAAACGCCCACCCACUUGCCAUAGAGUGACGUGCUGUGCCACACUGUCUUUUCUGUAGUCCAUCGCUCUGCCCGUCUCUUCCUUUCUACCCAUGCGAGGCAGCCGUCCAAGUGAGCAGUCGCCUGCUGAAAUGACACAUUAAAGCCAACUGCGCUCCUCAUCUCUGGAGUCCGCUAUGGGAGCCCCCCUGAGUCUUUCGGCCCACUGAUAGGAGCCCUGAUGAUGCUUGUUAACUCCGUGCAUCCGUUUAGCGAGUCCUGCUCAAAUAAGAGAAAUCUGACCGUCCCUCCGUCUCUCUUCAGGGCUGUGCUUGGCCAAGACCCCUAUGGCAGUGCGCCUUGUUUGAGACCACUAUAAUAAUCUGCCUAGCAGUUCAGAUUAAACUUCACAGGCCGUGUCAACGUGAGAAUCUCUUUUGUGUCGCGUCUCAUUUUCAAGAGUGAACGGCUCAGCUGGCUUUAGGACCUGUCUCCUCAACUACCACGUACCUUCCAGAAACGGCCAUUCUGUGCUCAGUGGACUGCUUCGUGCAGGGGAGCAUUGUACCAAAACCCCGAAGACCGAGCGUCUGUUUAUUCUUGAGUUUUAUCGUCGUCAGAUCCGAUUGCGGGCCUCGUCCGGAGCUCGAAGGUUUGCGUGGAGUGCGGUGUGAAUGUGCCAUACGCCAUCAGCAGCAGUGUUUGAAUGUGUGUAAAUAAAAGCCUAUUGUGUCGAGUGUCGUAGAGGAUAACUGUUAGUCGGUCCUAAAAACUUAAGAAACAAAACAAAAAAAAAAGAUGUUGUCUUGAUGUUGGGUCAGAGCCAUGGCAAAGAAGAACAAUAAAUGAAUCAAUGACUACA